CGUUCAACCUGGGCAUUGUUGAACGUAGUUUGUUAUAUAGACGGAGCUAAUGUAACAGAAUUAAUGGCAAAUGUUGUUCUGAAGGUAGAAUGUGGUUAGGAGUCAUUUGGGUAUAAACUGGGAAUACAUUUGAACAGCAGAACCGUGUUUGUUGAGUUAUGGCUCCUUUUCGUGUGCUUGUUUGCUAACAGGAGAGUGAAGACUCGUAUGUUAAAGAAACGGUACGUUACAGAAUAUUUCUGCUGUGUGCAUUUGUACAGGGUGCUGCUGUUAGCUGCCUUGGUUAAUGAGCAACCAGCAGAUAUUCUGUUCUGAAUCUUCGACCAGCAAAACAAAGAACAGCUUGACCUGCGUGCAUCAGCUUGGUGAUCCCAGCAGCAGCAGCUGGAUGCAGAGGUGGAACAUAUUAGGAAAAAAUAGCCUCUUAUUAAAGUUAAAAAGAAAAUGAGUAACAAAAUCCAAGACGAUGUUUACAACCCUCGUGAUCAACUGCGCAUAAUAGUGGUUCCUGCAGAUGGUCAAGAGAUGGUAUUGAUUAAAGAAGAAGCUUCUGGAUGUUGGAGUCCCAGUGUGAACCAAGAGGAUUCUAAACCCUUCUACAUAAAGGAGGAACAGGAUGAAUCGUGGACUGAUUUGGAGGAAGAGCAGCCUGAGGUGGAGGAGACUGAUGCAGUUUCUUUAAAGAGUGAGAAUGAUGAAGAGAAACGUUCAUUCUCAGAAGUUUGUGAGCACCAAUUGGAAGAUGGAGAUCUUCCAACCAGCAGUUCAGUCGACCAAACGACAGCAGCAGUUGAUGGAGAGGACUGUGGAGGAGCAGAAACUAGCAGAUACCCAGACUGUUCCAACUCUUCAGAGACUGAAGUCAGUGAAGCUGAUGAACAUGAGAGCUGUUCUGACUCUCAACUGAAUUUUUUGCCACAGUCAAAGUCAAAAACCAAAGGCAGCGAGAGGAAAGAGAGCAGGUCUUGCAAGUCGAGUGUAAAGAAAUCUUUUAUUUGCUCUGAUUGUGGGAAGCAGUUUGUUAACACCCGGUCUCUUCAGAGACACAUGAAACGUCAUUCAAAAAUAACAUCUUCAAACUGUUUAGUUGACGACAAAAGUUUAAAAGUGGAGGAAAAAGUCGACUCUCCAAAGAAAGUCCAGACAAGUCAGAAGUCAUUCAGUUGUGAUUUCUGUGGUAAAAUAUUUAACAGAAAAGAUAAUUUAAACACACACGUGAGAAUCCACACGGGACAGAAACCGUUUGGCUGUGAUGUUUGUGAACGAAGGUUCGGCAGUAAGACUCAUUUGAACCGUCACAUGAUAAUCCACAUAGGCGAGAAACCAUUCGUUUGUGAUGUUUGUGGACAAAGAUUUAGUGAUAAGAGCAACUUAAAUGGACACAUGAGAAAACACACAGGGCAGAAACCUUUUGGCUGUGAUAUCUGUGGACAAAGAAUUAGCGAUAGGAGUAGCUUGAGCAGACACAUGAAAAUACACACAGGACUGAAACCAUUUGGUUGUGACGUUUGUGAGCGAAGGUUUAGCAGCAAAACACAUUUAAACACACACAUGAGAAUCCACACAGGACAAAAACCCUUUGCUUGUAAUAUCUGUGGACAAAGAUUUAUUCAAAAGCCACACCUAAACACACACAUGAUAAUCCACACAGAUGAUAAACCGUUUAGCUGUGACGUUUGUGGACAAAGAUUUAGCUAUAAGAGUAAUUUAAAAAGACACAUAAGAAUCCACACAGGAAACAAAACGAAUGUGCAGUGACCGCCAAAACACAAAGGACUGAUGUAGGCAGAAAAACCAUUAAACAUACACAAGUGUCCCAGUUUCUUGUCAAAUAGGAUGCAUUAUUUAUAAGUUUUUCUUUUAUGCAUGCACAUUUUUCAGCCUUUUCAUUGACAGUCAUCAAAAUAAACUAAAUAACUCUUAUGUUGUGUAGUAUUUAGUUACAAGUUGAAACUGAAAUGGUUGUUUUGCAACCAAAAAUAACAUUUAGCAAAUAUUUCAAACGUUUCCCUAAAAUACUUUUUUUAAAUUAAUUGGAGAAAAAUGUUUUUUUUACUAUGUAGUACAAAAUUUGUUUAUGUAAUAAUAGUUGAAGUCAAUACAAAUUUAAAAGGUGUGAUUUAAAAAAAUUAACAAGCUUGAAGAAGACGCUCAUGUUUUAACAAAUGCAUUUAAUAUAGAUAAACAAAUGCUUUUGUUGUAGUUAUUGAGAAGUCAACUUCAGAAGAAACUUAUGACUAUGUCUGCAUGUCCUUUUUCUAAAUAAUGAUUAAAAUAACAAUUUCAAGGAAAAAUACAAUCUGGAAAUGUAUCGUUUGUCAAUAGUGUAGUGCUGCAACCGCAAACUAGCCUUUCUCUUGUCAUCUGUAUCAGAGUUAUUUAAAUGUAGAAUAAAAAUAAGAAUAAACUUAAUGUGAAAAAUC